AUGGCUUUCGUUCGGAUGCUACUUUGCUUCCUGGUCUUGUCUGCAGGAUUUCAUGCAAUCACAUCCGAGACUAACCCCAGUGAUGUUGCAGCACUUCAAUCUUUCAAAGAAAAGUUGCAAAACACUCCACCGAGUUGGAGCAAUGGGGAUGAUCCUUGUGGAGCAAAGUGGGAUGGAGUUACCUGCAGCAGCACGAGGGUGACUUCAUUGAAAUUGUCAUCAAAAGGACUAGUUGGGGAGCUGAGUGCUGACAUCGGUGAACUCACUGAAUUGACAUCCCUGGAUCUGUCAUUCAACCAAGGACUUUGCGGUUCCCUCACUCCUCAUAUAGGAGAUCUACAAAAGUUGGAAACAUUAAUCUUACAAGGAUGUAGCUUCACUGGCACUUUGCCUCCUGAGUUGGGAAACCUUGGGCAGUUGUCCUUUCUAUCGUUGAGAGGAAAUAACUUCACUGGUGAGAUACCAUUUAGUUUGGGAAAUAUCACCAAAUUGCAAUGGCUCGACCUAGCUGAUAAUCAGUUGACAGGAUCUAUCCCUGUUUCAACAUCAACAUCUCCAGGAUUGGACCAUCUUAAAAAUGCUAAACAACUCAUUUUUAGCAAAAACCAGCUAUCUGGUCCAAUCCCUCCCGAACUUUUCAGCUCUGACAUGGUCCUAACACAAGUAAUGUUUGAUAAAAAUCAAUUCAGUGGAGAAAUUCCUUCUAGUAUUGGACUAGUACAAACAAUUCUCACACUAUUUCUUGGCGAAAACUCCCUAACUGGAAGGAUUCCAUCAAAUAUCAACAACCUGACAAAUCUCAUUGCCCUGGACAUGCCAAACAAUAAGCUGUCUGGACCAUUACCAAACUUAUCCGGAAUGAAUUCCCUCCUUCGUGUGGAAUUGAGCAACAACUCUUUCGAGGAGUCGGAAGCUCCAGCUUGGUUUUCAACCUUGCCUUCUUUAAACAUUUUGAAUAUCGACAAUGGAUCACUUCGUGGAUCAUUGCCCCCAACCCUUUUCGGCUUGCCUGAUCUUGCAGUAGUGAGUCUGAGGAAUAACGCAUUCAAUGGAACUUUGUUUAUUGGUAGCAACAUCAACCAAAAUAUUCUGGGUGUUGAUUUGGAGAACAAUGGCAUAUCCUCAAUAUCAAUUGAUCCUGUGUUCAAAAGUACACUAAAGUGA